AUGAGGCCUGUGUUAUACCCUGACUGGGUAGAGGCCCCUAAUGAGGCCCCUCCAGAAUAUCAAGCCCCUGACUAUGUCUUUCAGACCACUACCUCUGGCAGUACCAUUCAGAGCACCACACCAGCCCCUGGCAUUCAGAGCACCACUGUCUGCUUUGACAGGUCCAAUGGUGUCAAGUCAAAAGACUCUGCCUCCAAUGUUGACUCUAAAUUCUCCACCUUUAAAAUUGACUUCAAGACACCUUCAGAAGGAUUCAGACGAGUCUAGAGUCUAGAGCCUCAGCCAGUACCCACCAGACAGAGGCAGACUGGAGUAGAGAGAGACAGGCGGACCAGAGCCCAGACUAUGGUUAAUCUCCGCAGCAGUCCCAUCUAACAGGGAACAGCAAUAACAACAAUAACAUGCCAGAGGUAUCCCCUAACCUCCAUGCUAACUUCGUGCAGCCUGCUAGUAUAGUAUUCAGUCUGCUGUUCUCCUCAGAGCCCACACUACAGGGUGGAGGCUGCCUUCAGCAGACUAGAGGAGAACAGGGUGGAGGCUGCCUUCAGCAGACUGGAGGAGAACAGGGUGGAGGCAGCCUUCAGCAGGAUAGGGGAGAACAGGGUGGAGGCAGCCUUCAGCAGGCUGGAGGAGAACAGGGUGGAGGCAGCCUUCAGCAGGCUGGAGGAGAACAGGGUGGAGGCAGCCUUCAGCAGGCUGGAGGAGAACAGGGUGGAGGCUGCCUUCAGCAGACUGGAGGAGAACAGGGUGGAGGCUGCCUUCAGCAGGAUAGGGGAGAACAGGGUGGAGGCAGCCUUCAGCAGGCUGUAGGAGAACAGGGUGGAGGCAGCCUUCAGCAGGCUGGAGGAGAACAGGGUGGAGGCAGCCGUCAGCAGAGUGGAGGAGAACAGGGUGGAGGCUGCCUUCAGCAGACUGGAGGAGAACAGGGUGGAGGCUGCCUUCAGCAGACUGGAGGAGAACAGGGUGGAGGCUGCCUUCAGCAGGCUGGAGGAGAACAGGGUGGAGGCAGCCGUCAGCAGAGUGGAGGAGAACAGGGGGGAGGCAGCCUUCAGCAGGCUGGAGGAGAACAGGGUGGAGGCUGCCUUCAGCAGGAUAGGGGAGAACAGGGUGGAGGCUGCCUUCAGCAGGCUGGAGGAGAACAGGGUGGAGGCAGCCUUCAGCAGACUGGAGGAGAACAGGGUGGAGGCAGCCUUCAGCAGGCUGGAGGAGAACAGGGUGGAGGCAGCCUUCAGCAGGCUGGAGGAGAACAGGGUGGAGGCUGUCUUCAGCAGACUGGAGGAGAACAGGGUGGAGGCUGCCUUCAGCAGGCUGGAGGAGAACAGGGUGGAGGCAGCCUUCAGCAGACUAGAGGAGAACAGGGUGGAGGAGAACAGGGUGGAGGAGAACAGGGUGGAGGCAGCCUUCAGCAGGCUGGAGGAGAACAGGGUGGAGGCUGCCUUCAGCAGGCUGGAGGAGAACAGGGUGGAGGCAGCCUUCAGCAGGCUGGAGGAGAACAGGGUGGAGGCAGCCUUCAGCAGACUGGAGGAGAACAGGGUGGAGGCAGCCUUCAGCAGGCUGGAGGAGAACAGGGUGGAGGCAGCCUUCAGCAGGCUGGAGGAGAACAGGGUGGAGGCAGCCUUCAGCAGGCUGGAGGAGAACAGGGUGGAGGCUGCCUUCAGCAGGAUAGGGGAGAACAGGGUGGAGGCUGCCUUCAGCAGGCUGGAGGAGAACAGGGUGGAGGCAGCCUUCAGCAGGCUGGAGGAGAACAGGGUGGAGGCAGCCUUCAGCAGGCUGGAGGAGAACAGGGUGGAGGCAGCCUUCAGCAGGCUGGAGGAGAACAGGGUGGAGGCAGCCUUCAGCAGGCUGGAGGAGAACAGGGUGGAGGCAGCCUUCAGCAGGCUGGAGGAGAACAGGGUGGAGGCAGCCUUCAGCAGGCUGGAGGAGAACAGGGUGGAGGCUGUCUUCAGCAGACUGGAGGAGAACAGGGUGGAGGCUGCCUUCAGCAGGCUGGAGGAGAACAGGGUGGAGGCAGCCUUCAGCAGACUAGAGGAGAACAGGGUGGAGGAGAACAGGGUGGAGGAGAACAGGGUGGAGGCAGCCUUCAGCAGGCUGGAGGAGAACAGGGUGGAGGCUGCCUUCAGCAGGCUGGAGGAGAACAGGGUGGAGGCAGCCUUCAGCAGGCUGGAGGAGAACAGGGUGGAGGCUGCCUUCAGCAGGCUGGAGGAGAACAGGGUGGAGGCAGCCUUCAGCAGGCUAGGGGAGAACAGGGUGGAGGCUGCCUUCAGCAGGCUAGGGGAGAACAGGGUGGAGGCAGCCUUCAGCAGGCUAGAGGAGAACAGGGUGGAGGCUGCCUUCAGCAGGCUGGAGGAGAACAGGGUGGAGGCUGCCUUCAGCAGACUGGAGGAAAACAGGGUGGAGGCAGCCUUCAGCAGGCUGGAGGAGAACAGUCCAGGUCCAUCACAACAUCCAGGUCCAACACUACAUCCAGGUCCAAUACUACAUCCAGGUCCAACACUACAUCCAGGUCCAAUACUACAUCCAGGUCCAAUACUACAUCCAGAUCCAACACUACAUCCAGAUCCAACACUACAUCCAGGUCCAAUACUACAUCCAGGUCCAACACUACAUCCAGGUCCAACACUACAUCCAGGUCCAACACUACAUCCAGGUCCAACACUACAUCCAGGUCCAACACUACAUCCAGAUCCAACACUACAUCCAGGUCCAACACUACAUCCAGGUCCAACACUACAUCCAGGUCCAACACUACAUCCAGGUCCAACACUACAUCCAGGUCCAACACUACAUCCAGGUCCAACACUACAUCCAGGUCCAAUACUACAUCCAGGUCCAACACUACAUCCAGGUCCAAUACUACAUCCAGGUCCAACACUACAUCCAGGUCCAACACUACAUCCAGGUCCAACACUACAUCCAGGUCCAACACUACAUCCAGGUCCAAUACUACAUCCAGGUCCAAUACUACAUCCAGGUCCAAUACUACAUCCAGGUCCAACACUACAUCCAGGUCCAACACUACAUCCAGGUCCAACACUACAUCCAGGUCCAACACUACAUCCAGGUCCAAUACUACAUCCAGGUCCAAUACUACAUUCAGGUCCAAUACUACAUCCAGGUCCAACACUACAUCCAGGUCCAACACUACAUCCAGGUCCAACACUACAUCCAGGUCCAACACUACAUCCAGGUCCAAUACUACAUCCAGGUCCAACACUACAUCCAGGUCCAAUACUACAUCCAGGUCCAAUACUACAUCCAGGUCCAACACUACAUCUAG